AUGUUAAAAAAUAUUCGUAACUGUUUAGGUGAUAUAAGAAUAUUAACAUGUGGUAACGGUGAUGAAAUUAAUUGGAAAUAUAUUGAAAGUUUAGCAGCAUUACAAGAAAGGGAAGGAUUAAGGCUAGGCAAUAGUCUGAGGAAACGCAAUAUAGAAUACAGAAAAAAUAUAAUGAAAGAAUUCAUAGCUGCGCAAACAUUAAGCAGUAGUGUGGCAGACGCCAUUGAAUUUUGUGACCAAGUAUUAAACCUCCCUGAUUUCAAGGGUUCAGGUCCUACGGUAAAAUUUAUUAGAUGUAUUGAUCGGAUUUUUGAUUUUCUUAAUGUCAGAAAUCCUUUAGGUAAAGGUUUUAAAAGCCCUCUUAGGACUUCUAAUGAAAACAGGUGGAGGAAAAAUAUUCUGGAACAAAUUAAUUAUCUAAGCGAAAUUAAACUCCAUGGUAAACCUAUAGCACAUUCAAGACGUAAAGCGGGUUUCCUAGGCUUUUAUAAUGCUGAGCUUUCUGUUAUAGAUAUUUACGAAAAGUAUGUAAAAUCAAAUGGACCAUUAAAAUAUCUUUUAACCUAUAAAAUGAGCCAAGAUCAUUUGGAAUUAUUCUUUUGUGCCAUUAGGAGUAGAGGUGGGUGGUGUCCGAAUCCGACAGCAGCACAGUUUGUCAGUGCAUAUAAACAACUAAUGAUCUAUCAUGAAAUAAAAAAUUAUGAUGGCAAUGUUAAAGCAAACGAUAUUUCAAUAUUAACUUGUGCUUCAGUUGGUUCACGACCUCGCUAUUCCUUGAAUGCAUUGUAUGACAUAAGUGUGUAUGGACAAGCUGAGUAUAGUAGACUCGAAUUGAAAUAUUUUGAAUCAACUGAAAAUAUACAACCAUCUGUUUAUGAUAAACUACAAGAGUUUUUACAUUUUGGUUGGGCUGUUCCAAACAAUGUCAACGAAACAACGAAGCAAUGUGUGGGAUACAUAACAGGUUUUGUAAUUAGAUCUAUCAGGAACAAAAUAACAUGUAUUGAUUGUUUGAGCGCUUGUGAAUCAAUACCGUCCGAUGCUAUAUCUGAUCGACGAAAUGGUAUCGCACUAAUUAUCCAGAAAAAUAGAGGUGGACUAAUUAUUCCAUCGCAAAGCGUCGUUUCCAUAUACUUGUUGGUGGAAUCACUUUUUCGACAAGCAUGCAAAAAGACCAAUGGGAAGCCGCCGGUGGAAAAAAAAUUUCCGGCAGUUCUCGCAGCAAAAGUUAUGAAAGAAUUGCUACCAAAAUCAAAUACUUUAUUUCCAGAACUACGCGUUCAUUUUUUGGAAACAAUGAUGUUUGAAACUUUAAAUAGUCACUAUGAUGUAUUGAUUAAACAAAUCAUAUUUAAAUUUCCUAAACCUGCUUUAAGGAACCUAGUUCGCUGUGAAUUAUGGACAAAAUACAUGUUCCCAGAAAGCGGAGAAUCUUCAUUCACAUUACAAAUGAAGUUACACAAUGAACACAGAAUACUGUGUCAGAAACAUUUUAAUGGUGCGGAUUUUACUGAUGAGUCUAAGAAGAAGCUACUCAGAACUGCUGUACCAUGUGAUAAUGUAUAUGAGUUACCUGCAUAUUCUGCAGAACCU